AUGAAUGGCGUGGUGACAUUGGAGCAACGGCAACAGCCCGCAACAUCAACAGCGGAUUGGACGAGGGCACCACUACCAUCAGGACUGGUUCGCUCGCUUCGCAAGCGGAGACACUCUUUUCGAAAAGAAGCCCCAAUCGGGACGCCCCACACUGUCGAAGACUCUGCCAUUCUCGACGCUGUCAAAGAGGAUCCGGAAAUUAACACCUUGCAGUCUUGCGAAGAGACUUGGAUGUAG